AUGAGCAUUUUUUUUUUUUUAAAUAAAAAUGGUCUUGGAUUGGAUGCGCCGAAAUUUUCGAAUCCAUUGACCAUAGUUCAUGCUUUUCUCCCAUUUGGCCCUUUCUCUCUCUGUGUUUCGUCAGCAAAUAUGCAAAUCACGAAACAAAAGCUCGCCUAAUCUAAUACGUCAUCGCUCUAGCCCAGGCUAGAACCUUCACAGUUCCAAUUUUCCUAACCGCUUGUUUCCCUUCCCACUGUAUAUAUAUAUAUGUAUAUAUAUAAUAUAUGCAUGCCCACAAAUCCUAAACUCCAUCACCAACCUACAUUGGAGCCUUUCUUCUCUCAACUCUCUCCAAACUCAUUUGCUAUUUGUAUAUUGCCAUUUCGAUUUUCCAUAAUUAAAAAAAAAUGGCAGCCAAAUCGCCAGAGGAAGAGCAUCCUAAGCCAGCCUUUGGAUGGGCAGCAAGAGACCAGACUGGCCAUCUCUCUCCUUUCAAAUUCUCUAGAAGGGCAACAGGGGAAAAAGAUGUGGCUUUUAAAGUCCUAUAUUGUGGGAUGUGUCACUCUGAUCUUCACAUGCUCAAGAAUGAAUGGGGUUCUUCUACUUACCCUCUUGUCCCUGGGCAUGAGAUUGUGGGAGUGGUGACAGAGGUGGGAAGCCAGGUUGAAAAAUUCAAGGUAGGAGACAAGGUGGGUGUAGGAUGCAUGGUAGGAUCAUGUCGCUCCUGCGAUAACUGCACAAACAAUCUUGAAAAUUACUGUCCACAAAUGAUACUUACAUAUGGCGUCAAGUAUUAUGACGGAACCACCACCUACGGCGGCUACUCUGACUCAAUGGUCGCCGACGAGCACUUCAUCGUUCGUAUUCCAGAUGGCUUGCCUCUCGAUGCUGCUGCCCCUCUCCUAUGCGCUGGGAUUACAGUGUACAGCCCGUUAAGAUAUUAUGGGCUUGACAAACCGGGCAUGCAUGUGGGUGUUGUUGGGCUUGGUGGCCUCGGUCACAUGGCUGUCAAGUUUGGUAAGGCUAUGGGGGUUAAAGUAACUGUCAUUAGCACCUCACCCCACAAGAAAGAGGAAGCCAUUGGCCGUCUAGGUGCUGACUCAUUUUUGGUCAGCCGUGACCAAGAUCAAAUCAAGGCUGCAAUGGGAACAAUGGAUGGAAUUAUUGAUACAGUGUCUGCAACGCACCCUCUCUACCCUUUGAUUGGCCUAUUGAAGUCUCAUGGAAAGAUAGUUCUGGUUGGUGCUCCAGAGAAGCCAUUAGAUCUCCCAGUAUUUCCUCUGAUAAUGGGGAGGAAGAUAGUUGGUGGAAGCUGCAUUGGAGGAAUGAAAGAGACGCAGGAAAUGAUUGAUUUCGCAGCCGAACACGGCAUAAGAGCAGAUGUUGAAGUUAUUGGAAUUGAUUAUGUGAACACCGCCUUAGAGCGGUUGUUGAAAGCUGAUGUUAGAUACCGAUUUGUGAUUGAUGUUGCCAAUACAAUAAACCCUACCCAUUGAAAAUGACCAUUCAUUUUCAUA